AUGGCUUUUGAAGAUAAAACUGAGUUUCAGGUGCUGAUGGGAGUGCUGGUGCUGAUUCUGACGCUAGGAUGAUUCGUACUGUUGAUUUUUUUGAUAUAUUGUUGCUUAAAGAGUAGAAAAAGAAGAAAUGCUUCAAAGAACACUCAAGAAACUGAACAGGAUAAAAAUGUUUGGAAUCACAGAGGAGAGAAAAGGCCAAAUACACUAAACUUUACCUCAAUGGACACCUUGAUGAUAAAGAUCUUUGACAAUCAUACUCAAUACAAAGAAUACAUGAGAGAUUUACGUGAAAAGAAUGAGAAUACUCUGAAAAGCUUCAAGAAGAAAGAUAUCAGCCUAAAAUGAUUAAAAUGAGAGGAAAAAUUUGCAUCUGAAAACCAAAAGAUUAUCCUCCUCAGCUGAGGGCACACUUUCCAUUCUCUUUGUUUGUCUCAAUCUGAAGGGGACAAGAAUCAAUGUCCGCAUUGUGCAAACCAACUCAAACCUUUUCUCCAUCGGUCAAAAUCAAGAGUUAUGACCAAAGGCGAAACGGACUCUCCCAAGAAAAUUGAUAAAGAAUUCUACUCGUCUAAUUCCUCAAGUGUGCAGGAAGGUUUUAAUCCAAAUAUGGGCCAUAGAAGAUCAAAGAAUGGUAAGAAAAGGAAUCCUGCAGAUAGCGAGGAGUCUUCUGUAGACCAUUUAAAUGAGGAAAGUGGACAAAACAGCUCUUCUUACAGCAAGGAUUCUAUUCCUAGUCGCCACAAAUUACCGCCGAUACAUCGACAAAGAAACGCAGCCAGUGCGUCUUCAUCAAGUUCUGAAGAGCUUGAUGAGAGUGAUUCUAAUGAUGCUUCUUAA